CACAAAAAAAGGAGAAGUCAAGCGAUCCUUCGCUGGUUGACGGCAACCAAAAGGUAGCAAAGUUAUCUCGAUACGGUCUACACUUGUUUAUUAUUUCGUUAGCAGAGGCAGUAGCUGCAGGCUGGAAGUCGUGACAACAUGGCGUCCGCUGCAGCGUGGGAUGAGCACCAGGCGUAUGAGGAGCUUCUGUACUGGGACAGCCUCAUACGGCAGGGCCACAGGCUCCUCCCGCACGAUUUUGACAGGUAUGAGGAGCUGCGUUACUGGUAUGACUGCCUGUGCUACGAGGAGGAGCUGAGACAAUACCACGAUUACAUUGCUGCUAUGGAGGAGAUUGAGGAUAAACGGCAUCAUGAGGAAGCUGCAGCCCCCCAGGUGCACAUACGAUCACAAUACGAUCGCCAUGUGAUGGCAAAACACUCUGAAGUGUAUCCCUCGCCAGAGGAGCUGGAGGCAGUGCAGAUGAUCAUCUCCCAUGUGGAGUGCGCCCUUAAAAUUGUGUCUGACCAGAUGGAUACCCCAAAACAUGACAACGAAAACACAGAGGCGGAGAGUGGUGAUUCACAAGAGCGUGUCCUGCGUGGGGUUAUGAGGGUGGGCCUGGUGGCCAAGGGACUCCUGCUGAAGGGAGACAAGCACUUGGAGUUGGUGCUGCUCUGCUCUGACAAGCCUACUGUCACCCUGCUCAAAGAAGUGGCUGAAAAGUUAUCUGCACAGUUAGAGGACAGUUCAGCAGGGACAUAUACAGUAAGCCAGUGUCCAGGGGAUGCAGCUCUUGUUGUGACAAGCACCCAAUCAGUCCUGACUCUGACUAUCCACCUGACAUCACCCCUUGUCAGGACAGAGCAAGGGAGUGAAGCUGCAGAAACUCCAGAAGACCAAGAAGAAACGCGAACAGUCAACGAUCCGCCGGACGUUCUGGACAGGCAGCAAUGCCUAUCUGCCUUGGCGUCUCUCCGCCACGCCAAGUGGUUCCAGGCCAAAGUCAACAACCUGAGUUCUGCCGUCGUGGUGAUGCGGAUCAUGAGAGACUUGUGUAAGCGUGUUCCUGUCUGGACUCCACUCUCAGGAUGGCCUCUUGAGCUGCUGGUAGAGAAAGCCAUUGGUACAUCUGAGAGGCCAAUGGGAGCAGGAGAGUCAUUGCGCAGGGUUUUGGAGUGUGUUGCAUCUGGAAUCCUCUUGGAAGACGGUCCUGGAAUUAAAGAUCCAUGUGAGAAGGAAAUGGUUGAUGCCAGCACAGAUCUGACUCCACAGCAGUGUGAAGACAUCACACAAAGUGCUCAGUUUGCCUUGAGGCUGUGUGCAUUUGGACAGAUGCACAAGGUGCUGGGGAUGGACCUCAAAUCUAUAAAACCACGGAAAUCAAUGGGAGCCAGCAGCAAAGAUGGCAUAGCCCAGACACCACCUACGGGACACUUGAACCUGCCAGCUAAGAGACCACACGCAGAGGUGGAGACAUUAGAGGACGAGACCCACCUUAACAGCAAACAGAGGAAAUAUCUCAAGUUCCAGAAGCGCUUUCAGAAGAAAUCAUUCACAGAAGACUUCAGCAUGAAUGCUGUUAUGCGCUUGAACCAAUACAGACCUGGUCUGGAGUACCGGCUUACAUCUCAGACUGGUCCAGUCCACGAGCCAGUCUUCACAAUGGCUGUGGAACUAAAUGACAAGACCUUUGAGGCAACAGGACCUUCCAAACGAGCUGCCAAGCUUAAUGUAGCCACCAAGGUCCUGCAGGAUCUCGGUCUUCUGACAGGCUCAGACUCUAAAUCAGAGUCCAGUGGAGAUGCUGACAGCAUCCUGGAAUCAGUGAAAGCAGCUUCCACGGCCUCUACUGCAUCAGAAGACACUUGUCAGGGUCCUAUCUUGACCAAAAAUGGGAAGAACCCCGUGAUGGAGCUGAAUGAGAAGCGCCGCAGCCUGAAGUACGAAUUGUCUACGGAGACAGGGGGCUCCCACGAAAAGUGUUUUGUAAUGGAGGUGGAGGUUGAUGGGCAGAAGUUCAAAGGAAGAGGCUCUAAUAAGAAGGAAGCAAAGGCCUUCGCUGCCCUCGCUGCUUUGGAGAAGCUAUUCCCAAAUGACAACGGAGUGACAAAUGUCAACAGAAAUCCUUCAAAGAAGAAGGUCACCUACACCGACAUGCACAUCCCAGGGUUCGGCACUAUCCGUGGCAUUCCUUCAGACUCUGGGUCUCGUGGUUGGGGUCCCAACAGAGGUCGAGGCAGGGGCCGGGGCAAACCAUUUCCUCCAGGACCCAGCUACAACAAGACCAACUACAGUUAUGAGAGCAGCAGCGGCACAGGCUAUCAUAAACUGUAUGGUAAUAAUGCAGCCAAAGGCACUGGUUCCACUGGCUCAAGCACCAACAUGGGCUAUGGCACCUUUUACCCAGAGAGCAGCACCUAUUCCUCCCCACCAGUCUCCAGUGCCAACUCAAGCGUCACGAAGACAGAAAGUUACCAGUCGAUGCCUCCGCCUGCUGACCAGGAGAGCCCCUACAGCUACGGGUAUGGAGAGGAAAAGAAGAAGAUGCUGACCCAGGGUCAAAAUGACGGCCAGGGAGGACACUACUCUAUGUACAGCACGGCUUACCCGAGCUCAGUAACGGGUGGUCAAGCGUAUAAUAACUAUGGCUGGGGAAGCCAGUCAUCCUGGGGGAAUCAGCAGGGGUAUGGCAUGUAUCAGGGCUUUGGAGCGCAAAACCAGGGCUCAUACUCUGGAUACAGCAACAUGAAUUAUUAAUCGCCAUAUCGUGUACAGCCUUUCUUACCUCACUAUGCCAAUGACUCUGACGUGGUGGUGAUCCUGGGAUACGACUUCCGAAAGAGGAAAACAAAAACUGCUUGUUGGUGUCUCUGAAACUGGAAUUUUGCUGUGUUUUUUCACCACACUUGCUAGUUAUUGGACAUCUGGUAAACCCAGACACGGACUUGUCUGCCUGUUUUCUUUAAAAUGCAGCAUCACUCAUCAUGUCCAUGUUGACAUGAAUGUACAAAACAUACCUGGUUUAUCAUUAUGUUUUGUUUUUAUCUAGUUUACUGGUUCUGUGUAAGUAUGUUAUGGUUUUGUGUGUCACAUAAAAUACUGUGAUAUUUCUUGUAAAA